AUGCUCUUUUACUCUCUGCUUGAUCGAGUUUGUUGAUACCUAUUUGAUACCUUAUUUAUCUAGCUGCUAAGAACUGGUAUUCUACCGGUAAUUUUCUCUUCGACAUGAUAUUAUGUUGUAAUUCUUUUUUUUGUCGAGGAUGCGAUAAAGAUCGCUUUCUCAGAAACACAGUGGCAAUAAAUUGAGUCGAAACUGUCGGAAGGCCAAGCUAGAGUCAAUUUCAAGAAGAAUAAGAAUAAGCGGUAAUAGCGAAAAUACACAAAUAUAUCCACUGAAGGAAUAUCGACGACCAACGAUCUACAUCGCUUCUCAAAAUGUCGCAACAAAGUGCUAUCCAGACAACGACGGCGACUACAACGGUCUCGGAAAUGACGCCGGUGCUUGGAACUCUACAGUCCGUGGGACCUAAUAAUCAGACGUCAUCGGUUCUGCCUAACGUACAAAGCGGCACUACGACAACCGCUGCACAGCAAUCUCAACAAACGCAAUCUCAGCAAACUCAGUACGUUCCCCAACCUCCGAAACCGGUACAGCAGUCAUCCACUCCAAGUUCUUUUAGCGAUUUUCCACAAUUUUUAACAAAAACGAGGCUACAAGAUUUGGUAAGAGAAGUAGAUCCCACUGAACAGUUGGAUGAAGAGGUAGAAGAAAUGCUUUUACAAUUAGCAGAUGACUUUGUGGAAACAACGGUAAAUGCAGCUUGUCUGUUAGCUAAACAUCGUCAUGCAAAUACAGUGGAAGUUAAAGAUGUACAAUUACACUUAGGAAGAAAUUGGAACAUGUGGAUUCCUGGGUUUGGUACAGAUGAAGUUCGUCCAUACAAGCGAGCUGCUGUCACUGAAGCACAUAAACAAAGAUUGGCGAUUAUACGAAAGUCUAUCAAGAAAUAUUAAUUCUUUUGCGAAUUAGUUUUUCACUUUCGAAAAUUAAGAACUUGUAUUUUAUAUGUUUUUAAUAGUCUCAACUAUUAUACUGCUGUAGUCUUGCGACAAAAAUGUUCAUCUUGUACAUAAUUUUUCCUUUUCACACACGUACCACAAUCGUUUCUCUUUUAAAUA